AUGUCUGCCGAAAUAAUUGCUAGCAUAGCCGAUGUGUUAACUGAUAACAUCCCUUUAACACCAAUCUCUCAGGGCGCUGAGGCAGUUGUAUUUACAUCACCGGUACAUCCAUAUUUGCCCAAGAACAGAACAGAUGGUGACGAUAAGUUAUACAUCUUGAAAUAUAGACCUGAGAAGAAAUACAGACACCCUGUGAUAGACAAGACAUUAACUAAACAUAGGACACUAGGGGAAUCGAGGCUUUUAGCUAAAUUAAGGCUAAUUGAUGGGCUGAACGUUCCAAAAUUAAUAGGAUGUGAUCCAUAUCACGGGUGUAUCUGGCUAGAGUUCUUGGGAGAAGACUUACCUAAUGGACAUGGUUUCAGCAACUUAAAGAAUUUUCUAUGGAUGAAUGCCUCUGAUCCCUAUUCCGAUCUUGUUAGGGAUACUAUGAUCAAUGUCGGCAAACAGAUCGGGUUAAUGCAUUGGAACGAUUAUUGUCAUGGAGAUUUAACAACCUCGAACAUUGUUUUAGUCAGAGCAGGAGAGGAUUGGCAGCCAUAUCUGAUCGACUUUGGUCUAGGAUCCAUAUCAACAUUAGUGGAAGACAAAGGCGUUGAUUUGUACGUGUUAGAGAGAGCCAUCAUAAGUACUCAUUCAUCAUUUGCUAAUAGAUAUAACUUAUGGGUUCUUGAAGGUUUCAAAAGCGUAUUUGAAUCUCAUGGUAAAGCAGGGCUUGGGAAGUAUAAAGAUUUAAUUAGAAGGUUUGAAGAGGUUAGGUUACGUGGUAGAAAGAGAAGUAUGAUCGGAUAA